AUGGAUUCACCGCCGGAAAUUAAAAGUCCUGAACUUGAAAGGCCGUCGGCGAGUUCUAAUAUCUUUUUUGAAAUCAUAUACAGUCCUGUGAACUUACUUUUGAUUGUGAUUAUCAUAGUACUGGUGUACAAACUAUUCAAAAGCAAGUUUAACAAAGUUGCUGUGGAGUCGCCGGAACUUCCAAAACUUCGUAAAGACAUGACUGUUGCGGAAUUGCGUCAGUAUGAUGGUACUCAAGCCGAUGGUAGAGUCUUAGUAGCGGUAAAUGGGUGGAUAUUUGAUGUGACUCGUGGUCGUCGAUUUUAUGGUCCUGGUGGUCCAUAUGCAGCUUUUGGGGGGAAAGAUGCAUCAAGAGGUUUGGCAACAUUCUCUGUUACAUCAUCAGACAAAGAGUAUGAUGAUCUCAGCGAUCUCAACUCAAUGGAAAUGGAAUCUGUGAAAGAAUGGGAAGCACAGUUUAGAGAAAAAUACGAUCUCGUCGGACGACUUUUAAAGCCUGGAGAAGAGCCAACGAGCUACUCCGAUGAGGAGUUAGAAGAGACUGAUCAUUCCACGAGCACUCCUGAUGAGAAAAAAGAGAAAUAG